AUGACUCCUCUUCGCCUUUUUAUCGGUGUGCUGCUGUUGCUGCUGGCCAUGUCCACCACUGUGGUUGUGUCGUCCAUGGAGGAGGACGAAUGGGACAAUAGCGCUCCCGAAGUGACCAACGUUCGUCCUAUUGAAGACUCGGAUUUGAAUGACAUUGAUGGCGAGCAGCCACUCUAUGUGGAAGACUAUGAAGACAUGGACGCGUAUUACGAAGAAUUUGGUCAAGAAGAAGACUCGUCCGAUGAAGAUGAAGAUUAUGAAGAAGACAUUUGGGUCGUCAAUAAGGAUGGAGAAUUGUGCAAUCCGGAGUACGAUGAAGACUGUGAAGAACCCACUUGUUGUGAAACCUGCCCCGGCGAACCCGACAAGUGCUUUGUCGAGUACUACGGCACGGGAGAAUCCGAUUGUCUCGAGGACAUCUCCAACUUUGACUCGAGUGAAAACUACGAUGAGCAAUCGGGAAGUUUGGGAUUCUUUCAACAGGUUCAUUGCUUGGAACAUGGUCUAGACGAAAAUGAUAUCGACCAGGAGGAUCUUAUCGAAGAAGAGGAUCUGAUCGACGAGGAGGACCUGAUUGAGGAGGAGGAGUAA